AUGGGAAUCCCCUCAUCAGCUACACUCCAUGAUAUGUUUGUCAGGGAUCGAUGGAAUAUAAGACCCGCCCGCUCUGAUCGCCAAGUUCAAAUUCAAGCAAUUUUAUCUUCGGUUACUCUGUCUCAGCUUCCUGAUGAAUAUGAGUGGACAAUAGAAGGUAAAGUUUGGCUUAAAUAUCAGACUGGAACAAUCUAUAAACUCCUGAAAAAUCAUGCGCAAACGGUACCUUGGAAAGGAGCUAUAUGGAAUUCAGGUGGUGUGCCCCGGCAUAGCUUCCACGCCUGGCUCGUCACCCUAAACAGACUACCGACCCGAGACAGACUUCUCUCUUGGGGACUUGCUGUUCCUGCAACUUGUCUACUCUGCAACCAAGGAGAUGAAUCAAGGGACCACUUGUUCUUCUCUUGUACCUUCUCCUCUGAACUUUGGAUCCAUCAUGCUCGACGGACUGAGACAACCCCAUCUACUGGUUGGAACGAUUCUCUUAAUCACAUGCAAUCACUACCAGGACCUCCUUGGCGCAGGAAGCUUCAACUGAUAGUAUGGCAAGCUGUGAUCUACUCUAUUUGGCAAGAAAGGAACGCUCGACUUCACUGCAACACUGCAAAAACCAUCAAUACCAUCUCUUCCAUACUGGACAGAACGAUUCGAAAUAAGAUCCAUGGCUUCAGAGACUCAAACCCAAUCGGAGCUUCUCAGAUGAUUCAGUUCUGGUUUGCAACUGCUCCAUCAUCAUAUCCUCCAAACCCUCCUCUCCCAUUCCUGCAAUCAACUGACUAA